CUCGAGGCAAAUGUUAUUUUCAGCGAUGAUGGAGUAAUAAUGAAUCCAGAAAUAUCCAAAAAUGAGUGGCUGAAGGCAGAUAAUUAGAGUUGUUAAUAAAGUCCCCACUUCCAGAACAUUCCACGAAGAGAAUCUUCCGCUCUGCCGUCUUGGGUCUUGGGUUGAAAACAUAGAUUUCCCGAUGGGACAAAAAUUCCACAUUUGUCAAAAGUCACGACAAAUAGUGCAAUUGCAGUUGAGGCUUACGCAUUGGGCGACGCCAUGAGACCUCGCAUAAUGAAUGCAAUGCAAUGUUAUACAUAGCUAAAUAUAGACACACAUAACACACUACAGUCAGUAAUCUCCUUCAGAUUACAUUGUCUGCACAAAAUGUAAUCCACCUGCGUGCUUCAACCCCCGCUCUUGUAGCUGACCCUAUGUUCCUGCCUCAUCUGGAAAAAUGUGUUCACUACUGCCAUUUCCAUCCUUUUUGCAAAUUCAUCUCCCUUCUCUCCCUCAAAGUUCCUUUCCUGGAUGAUGUACUUUCCCAUCACUUCUUCAUUGCCCAUGUUUCCUUCACCAAGAUGGCCAUUCCAAUCUGCGCAAAUCACAACUGUCUCUGUCUCUGGAUUCUCAGAACUACUUCAUCGAAUUCGUUUCAGAAUUUCUCUUUCAACUCUCAGUCACAUCCUACCAGUGGGGCAUCUCCGCUAAUCAUAUUACUGGAGACAUAACCCCCUCAAUUUGGAGGUUCAGGCUCAUCACCUGAUCUGAUCCUCUUUUCAGCUCCAAUACAUUCUUAGCCAGAUUCUUCUUUUCCUUUCGGGUUGCUCUGUGAGGAGUCGCCACAGUGUGUCAUCAUUUUCCAUCUUAGCCUAUCUCCUGCAUCUUCCUCUCUAACCCUAACUGCCCUCAUAUCUUCCCUCACAACAUCCAUCAAACUUCUCUUUGGUCUUCCUCUCGCUCUUUUGUCUGGUAGUUCCAUCCUCAGCACCCUUCUACCAAUAUACUCACUCUUUCGCCUCUGGCCAUGUCCAAACCAUCAAAGUCUGCUCUCUUCACCUUGUCUCCAAAACGUCCAACUUUGGCUGUCCCUCUAAUUAGCUAAUUUCUAAUCCUAUCACUCCGAGUGAGAACCUCAACAUCUUCAUUUAUGCCACCUCAAGUUCUGCUUUCUGUUGUUUCUUCAGUGCCAUUCGUACAUCAUGGCUGGCCUCACUACUGUUUUAUAAACUUUGCACUUCAUCCUAGCAGAGAUGUUUCUGUCACAUAACACACCAGAAACCUCCACCAGCUGUUCCAACCUGCUUGGACCCAUUUCUUCACUUCCUUACCACACUCACCAUUGCUCUGGAUUGUUGACCCGAAAUAAUUGAAGUCAUCAACCCUAGCUAUCUCUUCUCCCUGGACCCUCACUCUUCCCCCUCCACCCCCCUCAUUCAUGCACAAAUAUACAGUUUUACUUAGGCUAAGAUUCAUUCCUGUCCUUUCCAGUGCCUGUCUCCAUUUUUCUAAUUGUUCCUCCACCUGCUCCCUGGUUUCACUGCUAUCACAAUAUCAUCUGCAAACAUCAUGGUCCAAGGGGAUUCCAGUCAAACCUCAUCUGUCAGCCCAUCCAUUACCACUGCAAACAGGAAGGGGCUUAGAUCUGAUACCUGAUGUAGUCCCACCUGCACCUUCAAUUCUUCUCUCACACCUACGGCACACCUCACCAUUGUUCUGCUGCAUCAUACAUGUUCUGUAUUAUUCUAACAUACUUCUGCGCCGCACCAGACUUACGCAUGCAGUACCACAGUUUCUCUCUUGGUACGCUGUCGUAGGCUUUCUCUAGAUCCACAAAGACACAAUGUAGCUUCUUCUGACCCUCUUUGUACUUUCACUCUCAAUUUCAAAUUUCUCAUCAUUCAAUCCAAUCUGAUACUCUUUUCACCUCCAAGACAUUCUUAGCCAGCUCUUCCUUUAAAAUAAUCCCUACUCCAUUUCUCUUCUCAUCUACUCUGGUAGAAUAAUUGAAACCCUUCCCCUAAACUUCUAGCUUUACUAACUUUCCACUUGCUCUCUUGGAUGAACAAUACUGUAUAUCAACAUUUCUCCUAAUGAUCAUGUCAACUAACUCCUGAGAUUUUCCUGUCAUUCUCCCAACAUUUAAAGUUUGUUUGGCAAAGUUUUAAGACCGAUACCCUUCAUGACGUAACCCUCUUCAUUUAUCUGGGUUUGGGACCCGCCUACAGGUAGUACUGGCUUGUGACCUCCAUAGGGCUGCAUUAUCUAAGUCUCCAACUAAUGCAUGUUUUUGGGAUAUGGGAGGAAACCAGAGUGCCUGGCGUAAACCCACGCAGGCACAGGGAGAUCAUGCAAACGCCACACAGCCAGGACGAGGAUUUGAACCCCGGUCCUCAGAACUGGGCCAGGUCAGACUGGUCCAUGGAAGUGGAGCCACUGGGCUACAGCUGAUUCAGUCAUACUCAGACUCCGAUGAGGACAGUGAUGGUGCAUGGGAGGGUUGGCUGGGCAACCGCUACAAUCCGCCUGUGGAUACCCAGCCUGACACACAUGAGGUGGACCGCAGUGAGAUCCGAACUCAGAUCCUGCUGGCCACUGCUUCAUCUAACAUGAAAGGCAAAGCAAGUUUCACUUACAUGUUAACAGAGAGGGAACAAGGAAGGUGUAGAGGCUCGAGUUUUUCCCAUGGAGAGUGCAGUCGGAUCCGCUCGCAUUUCCUGCCAAACUAUGUUUCUCACAAGGCGACAUACCACCACAAAGCCUUCUGUGGUGUCUACAGUGAGGAUGGAAACAUGUUCCUCUCUGCCUGCCAGGAUCAAAACAUCCGCUUGUAUGAUACAAGCAGAGGACGCUUUCUAUUACGGCAAACGCUGAAGGCUCGAGAUGUUGGGUGGAGUGUUCUGGACGUCUGCUUCACACCGGACGCCCAACACGUACUCUACUCGAGCUGGUCAGACUACAUUCAUCUGUGCAGUAUCAAUGGGGACAGUGGCGACCACACUGCAUUGGACCUCAAUCCAGAUGAGAGGAGGUUCUGUGUGUUCUCACUGGCUGCAUCCACAGAUGGCAAAGAGAUCCUGGGAGGAGCAAAUGAUGGCUGUCUUUAUGUCUUUGACCUCGAGCAGAAUAAAAGAACACUGAAGAUUGAUGCCCACGAGGAUGAUGUGAACGCAGUGGCAUUUGCCGACAACUCGUCCCAGCUGCUGUUUUCCGGGAGCGAUGAUGCGCUGUGCAAAGUGUGGGACAGGAGGACGCUGCGGGAGGAUCUCCCGCAGCCAGUCGGACAGCUGGCGGGCCACCGGGAUGGCAUCACCUUCAUCCACAGCAAGGGCGAUGCGCGCUAUCUGAUUAGCAACUCGAAGGACCAGUCUAUCAAGCUCUGGGAUGUGAGGAAGUUCUCUCCCAAAGAGGGGUUGGCAGCCUCACGGCUGGCCGUCACCCAGCAGAACUGGGAUUACCGCUGGCAGCGGGUUCCCCAAAGAGCCCUGAGACGACAUAAACUCGCCGGUGACACCUCAGUGAUGACUUACCAUGGUCACGGCAUCCUGCACACACUCAUCCGCUGCCGUUUCUCACCCGAGUUCAGCACAGGACAGAGGUUCAUCUACUCCGGGUGCUCUACCGGCAAGAUUGUCAUCUACGAUGUGUUGACGGGAUCUGUGGUUUCUAAACUGUUGGGUCAUGGUGCCUGCGUGAGGGAUGUCACUUGGCACCCAUAUGAAGACAACAUCAUCAGUAGCUCUUGGGACUGCAGCGUGCGAAUGUGGGAGCACAGACAAACUCACCUACUGGAAGAAGAGCAGGACAGUAGAGACGAGGGAGAAGCUGCAUGAGAUGAGGACACAACAAACACUGCAUUGCAGAAGAAGCCCACACACAGAGGGAAGUCUACUUGCAAAAGACUUAGCUUUGAGUUCAGUUUUGGUUAUUUAGAUCAUCUUAGAGUAAUAUUCUUGGGUGCCCUUAAGAGACAGGGGACAGCCAUGCUUGCUUGCUUGCACAUGCCCAAAAUUGUUCUUUUGGCCUAUGACUCGGGUGCAUAGCAAAGCUCUGAAUUCACUUAAUCUUUUCAUCUGGAAAAAUAAACCAUAUUUAAACAUGGAGGAAAGAAAGUGACCAGCAAUUCUGUAAAAAAAAAAAAGAAAAGAAAACAGGAUUUUACUGGUGCAGCUAUUUAGUCUCAAAUGUGUUGAAAACAUCUCUGGUAUUGUCUGUUUUCAGGGGCUCAAUUACAUAAAAAAAACUUAAAAAAGUAAAUCCCUAAAUAGAAGAUUCCAAAUUGUCAUGCACCUACUGUGAGUGUACAAAUUGCAUUAGAUGAACUCUUAAAUUGUGUCUUAAUGCAGAGAUGACUAAUUCAUCAUGUGAGGAUCUCCUGGACCCCCGGUUAACACUCAGCUCUGGAAACGUGAAUUAUUAAAAAAAUAAAACUUUUCUGUCCAAUUA